AUGCCCGUAUACAAGGAGGGUCUUCGGGGCGUCGUUGUCCCAACCAUGGUCUCCGUCAUGGCUGCGAUCCAGUACUACGAGAACCAGGGUGGCACGGCGUCUGUCUUUAUCAACGAUGACGGCAUGCAGUGCAUUCAGCCUGAGCUGGCCGCAGCCCGCAAGCAAUACUACCGCGAGAACGGCAUUGGUUACUGCGCACGCAUGCCCACGAUGAAGACGCCCAAGAGCGGCGGCUUCCUCUCGUGGUUCAAGCGAACGGCCCCAGUCGACCCUGAGGUGGACAACCAGGAUGAGAGCGAGCUCAGCCCCCAGGGCCGCGCCAACAAGCUCGGCUUCGUGCGUAAGGGCAAGUUCAAGAAAGCUAGCAACAUGAACUAUUGCCUAGCCUUCUCCAACCGCGUCGAGGACGAGCUGCACCGCCUGACGGAGCUCGAGUGCCGCAACCGCAACUGCAACUACGAAGAACUAUCUGCCGAAGACGACGAUGCACUCUACGAGGUGGCCCUGCACAAUAUGCUCGACGCCGACGAGGGCAAGACUUGGGCCGAGGGUAACAUCCGCAUGGGCGAGAUCAUCCUGAUCAUCGACUGCGACACCCGCGUCCCCAUUGACAGUCUGCUCUACGGCGCUCUUGAGAUGCACGAGAGUCCAGAGGUCGCCAUUCUGCAGCAUGGUUCAGGCGUCAUGCAGGUUGCCCACAAUAUCUUCGAGAACGGCAUCACCUACUUUACCAAUAUUGUCUACACGGCCAUCAAGUACGGUGUCGGCACCGGUGACGUCGCCCCUUUCGUUGGCCACAACGCAUUCCUGCGCUGGAAAGCCAUCCAGAGCGUCGCCUUUGUCGAUCCCUCCGACGGCAUCACCAAGUGGUGGUCUGACUCGCAUGUGUCCGAGGACUUCGACAUGAGUCUGCGCAUCCAGGUGGCCGGCAUGGAUUGUCGUCUAGCCACCUACCAUAACGGCGGCUUCGAGGAGGGUGUUUCGCUGACCGUCUACGACGAGCUGAACCGUUGGGAGAAGUACGCCUACGGAUGCAACGAGCUUGUGUUCCAUCCCUUUUACCAAUGGAUCUACAAGGGCCCGGUCACGAGGCUGUUCCUCCGCUUCCUCUGGAGCAACAUGCCCGUUUCUAGCAAGGUUUCCAUUAUUGCUUACAUAUUUACCUACUACGCUAUCGCUGCCGGUAUGCUGCUCACCGUCGUUAACUAUGUCCUCAUUGGCUUGUUUUUCUCCGAUCUCGACCACUUCUACACUCCGUCGUGGGGUAUCUGGGUUUCUCUUCUGGUCGUCUUCAAUGGCGUCGCCUCCGUGUCCUUCAGUAUGACGCGUCACCGGCUCAAGGAGAAGUCGUUUUGGGUCACAAUCCUCGAGACUAUCAAGUGGCUACCGUUCCUGCUCCUAUUCUUUGGUGGCAUCAGCAUCAACUGUGCCAAGGCGCUGUUGUGCCACGCCUUCUCCGUCAACAUUGAGUGGGCCUCUACCUCCAAGGAGCUUGGCCCCACGGGUAUCUACAUUGGCCUGAACAAGAUGAUGCACCGAUUCAAGUAUACAUUCUUCAUCUGCUUUGUUAUCGCCGGAGGCAUGAUUUACAUGGCCGUCGGCGCGCCGUGGGGCUGGACCAUUGCCCCUGGUCAGUUUUCGACUGGUACCUACGCCAUCGUUCCGCUCGCUGUACAGGUGGCCUGUUCAUUCACCCUUCCCCUGUUCCUCGGCCUGACUUGAGCGGGUGCCCCUGUCGGAGCAAGUCAACGACCUAAUUACCUCGGUACUCUAUAUGUGAGAAGAGGGAACAUGGAUGUCGCCAUCCCUAAUUCAUUCCUUACUGUUGCGAUAGAUUCACUUCUCCGUGGAUGGCUUGAUAGAUUUACUUCGCUAUUGGAUCGGCGUUCAGAGUCAUUGCGAUAUGUAAUGUUAUUAUUUAUAGGGGGAUAACAAGAUUGAACCUUCACCGGCCGUAAAUAGGCUUUUCUCUAUAGAGCGUGGUAUGUUUAAUAAUACGUAGGGGGUUAUAGACUUCAUGGUCCCAAUAGCCAAUCCAAAUCCUGCCUAUGUAGAGGAUUGAAUGAUA